CCAAGCAGCUGCUCACUGUCACGACGAAGCACACAGCAACCAACUAUAGUGCCUAGGCUCCACUCCACACCAGCUAGCUAGUAGCUAAGUCAUGAUGAGGAGGUCAGUGCUCCCGCUGCUCGUGGCCGCCCUCAUCGCCGUCGCCGCCUUCUCGGCGGCGGGGGCGGACGCCGCCUGGACGCCGAUCGGCAACCCGAGGAGCCUGGUGAUCAGGCAGAUCGGUAACUUCGCCGUGAUCGUCUACAGCAACGCCGACCCCCGCAAGCCCCGGCCCCUGGCGCUGGUGGACGUGGUGCGCGGCGAGACCCAGCCGGCGGGCUCAGGCGUCACCGACUACCGGCUCGUGCUGAACGUGAGGAACACCGCCACCGGGAGCACGGGCCUCUACCAGUGCGUCGUGCGGGGCAAGCCUGGCUCGCGCGCCACCACAUGGGAGCUCCACGGCUUCGUGCAGUACAACAAGCAGGCGGCGGUCUAGCAUCGAAUCAUCGACGGAGGAGUAUAUGAACGCUACAAGCACAGCGUUCAUGAACGCAUAAGCUGCCUUCAAGUGUUACUGCCCUUCAGCCAAGCAUUAUCGAUCGUUUAGACAACAAGGCAGGCGUAUACUGCCUACCACCAGUGAUUUACGUGUGUGCUUUUCUUGCAUUAUUAGGAAUAAGAUGUCUCUCUUCCUGAAGUACACCAGCAGAGAGAGACGAUUGCGUUUUGUUACGGUCAAUAUGAUCUGUGAAUUAAAGGAGUUUAAUUUUUGUAUGUAUCUCCGUAUGUAUCAUGCAUGUUGAUGCUAAUGGAAAAGGUCUGUUUAUGGUCG